GGCAUUAGAUGAUAGGGCGGAGAGGGAGUCACUGGAUUCGGUUUAAAAGACAGAAGAUUGCUAAUUACAAGAAUAAAUUUGAUUCAACGAAUUCUAUUUGUUCCCCGUAACGACAGCAUAGACCAGCGACCAUCUAACAGUACUACACAAGGAUCAAAGAUGAAUUUGGGUUUCAGUUUAAAGGCAGUCGGCAUCACAUUGCUGGCUGUGAUCAUUGCUCUGGCCUUUGCGGACAACCCACGACAGGUACAGAAAAAACCAAUGUAUCGAGGAUGGACGAAAAUGACAGAAAGCAGAUACGGGCCUACAGUAAGAGACAACGAUCAAUCAAAUAUGCAGACGAGAGCAUGGAAUUCACGAUCAAGAGUUGUAGGGAAGAGAUUUGUUCCUGAACUUGAUUCAUUCGUCAAAAGGCCUGCUUGGUCGCCUCGUCCCCCAGUAGGCGGGGCUGCGAAGAGGGACUGGGGCUUUGUGCUGAGCCCAGAAGAAAUCAACGAUGCCUUUGAGGACGAGCAGCUUACAGAUAAUGCCGCCUUAGACUCACAUCCAGGUGAAACUGACGAUGUAUUGAGAGAAAUAAUGGAUUACGUCAAACGCGAAGGUCGACAAAAGUAGCGUUCCACUCGCUUGCCAGAGUGCUUCAUGGUGAAAUGAAAAAUAAAAUUUUAUUAUAGAAAAAAACGAAACAUGUAAAUAAGAUAUAAUGAUCAAUGGUACAGGAUUAGUUUACCCCAUUUAAUCCAAAUAAACAAUUAUCAGUCGCCUUUACAAUGUAAAUAAUUUAUUUAUAUUUGGGUUUGACAAUGGAACCAUAUUCAGAUACUGAUAUUGAUAUUUGUUGAAAAUGGAUAUGUGCAAUUAAGAUUAGCCUACUGGUACGUAUGUUUAUCCUUAGAAAAUAUCAAAAAAAUAUAUAUAUCUACAUGAUAUUUCUUCAAAUUAUGUUUAUAAACUUACUUUCUUUGUUUAUGAUGAAAACAUAUCGCUUUCCUAUUUUUAAACUUAUUGACUUGCAUUUAAAGGAAAACUCCAUGACCAUUUUUUUGGCCGGCUAUAAAAAAAGAGAUGACUAAGUGCAAUUAUAACAUAUUCCCUAUAUAUUUCCUAGAAACACGUGACUAUUCAGCAAAAUAUUUCGCUAAUAAGACUUAUAAUUAUCUUUAAAUUUAAGAUAUGAUCUUGUGAUCGAAUUGAUCUCCUAGAGGUGAAAGAUAGUGAUUAUAAAAAUAAAAGACAACCUUAUUAGAAAUGCAUAUUUUUAAGGUUUCUUUUAUUAAUGUACUGCACUCGAUUCAAUAGUAGUCCGCUGGUAUGAUUUUGCAUGAGUGUUCUGUAUAUUAUUUGAGAAAAAACAACAAGUUAAUGAAUCUUUGUUAUUUCAAGUGUAUUUAUUAUUUUCUUUGUCAGUCAUAAAGAUAUUUUUUGAAAAGUAAUUCAAACAUAAUUAUACGAUGCCAUUUUCUAGAAAGCCGGGAGUGAUAUUUUAUGCUCCUUCCUGUUGAUUUCGCUUAAGGCAUUCACGUAAUUAUGCUAUUCGAAAUUGUCAAAAAGUAAUUAUAAAAUAUAAAUGAUUCAAAUUGUAAUAAAAACAUAUUUAGUAGACAAUUAGAUAUUUAAUUAGGCCCCUAAUUCAUAUCACGGAAUGGGAACGGAAAUUACAUCCAAUUGGAGCAAAGGGUUGGAGGGGGGGGGGGGGAUUCGCCUAGCUCUCCUUGAAUUAAUUUUCAUGGAAAGGAAACGGAUUUUAUUUCAUCCUUCGAGUUUAAAAAGGGGGAAAAUAGCUUGUUAUCAGAUCAGCAUUCUCCUAUUUUUUGUGCUUUUUUGUUUCUUAAUAUUAUCGACAUUAUCCUUAUUAAUAGAUUUGGUUAAUUUUCAUGCUUCCUUAAAUCCUAAAAUAUUAUUAUUAUUAUUAUCAUUAUCAUUAUUAUUAUCAUUAUUAUUAUUACUAUCAUCAUCAUCAGUUACAUCAUCAUUAUCAUCAUCAUCAUCAUCAUUUUGGUCAUUGUAUAUAUCAUUAUGAUUAUAAUUAUCCCGAAAAAAAACCUAUUCGAUGUAUUUAUCUCUUCAAUACCAAUGUGUGGUACUGUUCCUUGAGCAAGUUGAGGCUUGGUAAUGUAUAUAUGCUUUAUUUAAUCCCACAUUAACAAAAAUAUUGUAUUCAUUUAUUUUUAUUUACCUUAAUAAAUAAGUAUUUUAUCCACAUGUAGUUAUCGGCCCUUACGCCAUAUGUUCAAUGCGUUUAUCUUACAAAAAAAUAUCAAGUUCUGUAUUUAAAUGCAUUCAUUUAGCAUUAUCGAUUUAAAUCUCGCAAUAAAAUCUGUGAUUUAUCUUUAAA